AUGGCAAUCAAAACGUAUCCCAGUGUCACAUGAGAAUUGAAAAAUGGCUGGCGAAGGAUUUCUUUCCAUUGCUAUAAUUAUUUGUUCUUUUAAUUUGUGUGUCUCCUCGUUAGAGGUUCCGGUAUUAAUAUGGGGAGAUGAAAGCUUUGAUGGCCAUCCUGCAGCUUCAGCUUUAAGUUCAGUUGGACAAGAUGAAUUUGAAACAAAGUACUUGAAGAAAAUUUUAUCCUCAGAAACUUUGUUGGUUGCCUUUAUACAAGAUAAGUUGAGCCUGGAAGAUUUCUAUCAGUACGAUAACAACAGAUUAAAUGGAGACAGCAUUUUUCCAACUCUAAAGGACCAACUAGACAGUCACCCAUCGGUUGUUCUACCAGCAGUUACAUCACCAGCCAUGAGUCUUGAGAAAGCAGCUAGUCAAUAUCAAGUAAAAGAGCUGAUUGUAGGUGAUGACAGUUUUAACAAGUCAUCAUUGGAAGAUGUUGAUGUGCUGAUUGUCAAACUACCAUCAACACAAGAAGUAGAAAACAGAGGAGAGGCAUUAAAACGUAUUGACCAGUCUAUUAGCAGUGUCCUUCAUCAGCUUGUUGGUAUAAAAAAAAAACUUAGUUGCAAUAUAUACAGCUCAUCAACCUUCUUGGUAUGCCCAAGAAUCAAGAGAAGUGUAUGUACGCCAUGGCCGAAGCUUACUAGGAGCUAAAGUUGAUGACAUAUCUGGAAUCAUGAACAUCACUGGCAGUAUGCUGAUGUACUGUGAAAACAUAACAGUUACAGUUGAUGUCAAAGAUGGCAUGAAUGCUUCCUCUAUCAAUCAGUCACUUAGUCUCCCUACCACUCCUGACAAAGAAUCUUUCUUUGGAAAUACUUCAGCAAGAUUGAUUAUUGAUUUCAAGCCAGAAGGUAGUCUGUCAAAAUUUGUUCUUAAACUGAACUUCAAUGAGUCCCAUGGAUCCUGGUGGUUGGAAGAUAGUGUGAGUACAGUUUCCAGUGAUGAAAUUAAUCUACCUGAAACAAAUGUUACCUUGAGGACAGAAAGUAUUGGAGGAGCAAGUGGCUUCUCUUACAGCUGUGGAUCACUGUUGUUGCAGAAUGCAAACUUAUCUGAUGAAGUGAUUGUCCAGAUAAAAUUCAGUGUUUUUCAGGUUCAAGUGUUUGAUGUUCAGGAUGUGUUUUCAGACAGUUUUGAUUGUACAACCUUUUUUACUAUUCCAACAUGGAUGGGAAUUUUGGUGGUACUAAUAUUCUCAGUGAUCCUUGCUUAUGGAAUUCAGCUACUAUUUGGAAUACAUACAAUGGAUAGAUUUGAUGAUCCAAAGGGUAAACCUAUUAUGGUACCAACAACAGAGUGAUCCUAGUUUUAUAGGUCUAGUUUUAAUUGUUGUGAUUUCAAUAAUUUAUUGUUCUGUAGUAGUAUAGGAGGUUUGAUCAACUGAUUGGUUAUUAUUGCUCUAAGAAAUAAAUUUAACUAUUCCAGCAAUACAUCUAGUUCACUGUAAUGUAUGAAUUUUAGCACUAGUUCCACGAUCUAGUGCUUGUUAUCAUAGUACAAUUUGAAAACCAUCAAGUAAGGGCUUUUUUUUUAAGUUUCUCUCAUAGACUUAAUGUAUAUGUAUAUAAUCAGUUUGAUGUUUUUUUUAUUAAGCAUAUGGUUUAAUUAAUCUAUUCUUACUUUUGUUUCAGAAAUUUAUUAUGUAAAUCCACAGAAAUAUGUUUAUAAUCAUGCUAUUAAAUAUACAAUAUAGUUUGAUUACUUAUUCCUUGAUUGUGCUAAGUCUAUUUGUAUACAUAUUUGGAUAAAACUAUGAAUCUUAAAUUUUUGAAGUGGAAGUAGUUUGUACAUUUAAAUAUGUUUUUCAUCGAAGAAAAAGCAAGGUUUUGAGCAUGUCGUGACUGUGGUGAAGUGUUGAAAUAUAGAAAACCACGAUUUUGUUUGAGUUCUGUAAUGUGUAAACCUAGAAUCAUUUAGAAAAUGUAUGUUUCCAACUAGAUAUUUAUUGUAAAGUUGUAGUAUUCUCACUUUAAAUAUCUUGUACAUGUAUAUUUGAGAUAUUAAGCUUAAGUGUAAAUUCAUGAAUUGUGAACAAUAAAUAUAUUAAAAUCUUGA